AUGGUUUACACUUGUCAGUUCUGUGGAAUCAACUUUGACGGUUUGAAGGAUAUUCGCGGCCACCUUAAGAAAGGAUGCAAAGGCCAGGUUGAUGAUACAUCUUUGCUUGAUGCUGCUGAACGAUACCAAGCAAAGAAAAAGCAAAAACGAGAGGAGCGCACAGCCAAGCGCCGACGUCUAAUGAUCCCGACACCGACGGGGAUCCAUGGACCUGAGGAUACUGAUGAAAGCAAUCGAGACUGGUAUGAUGUAGAUGAGACAUCACAAUCAACGCCUGACGACAUUGAUAUGGUGGACGAAAAUGCGGCCGUUAUACAGAAUCAAACUCUGCCAUCUGCCUCUGCCUCUUCUGGAGCCGUUUCCUCUUCUUCCCAUGGACGAUCGAGAUGCCCAACAUGGAAAGUUCUUGAAAGCCAACGGCUUUUGCGGGAGAAGGAGAUUCGUGCUGCUCAACCUCAACCUCAACCGCGGCUACAGAGCGAGGACCAGGACGACAUUCAAAAGGAGACCCCGGCGUCAUCUAUAUGGGGUACCUUCCGCUCCAGAAUGAGUCAAUAUGGCUUAUGGCGUGAAUAUCCUACCAAUCCUACUUAUGACCCAUAUUCAUCACACACGGCUGAUGCCCACAAUGACGAUGAUGCAACCUCGCCACCAACCGACGCCGAAUCUCUUCCUCCAAAGUUGCAGGAUGAGUCAGGAAACCCUUAUUUCCCAUUCACGAAUUCCUCGUUGUUUGGACUACUUAGCUGGAAGUGGAUCGGUUCGAACACGAAAUCGGACAUCGAGUUUGGCAAACUGUUUGCAUUUCUGCAGUCCACGGAGUUUUCUCAGGCCGAUGUCACCAACACUAACAUCGACUCAGAAAUCAACCGCGUUGACAAGUACAUCCAAGGUUCCGCUUCAGAUUCCUCUGAUGAGGGCAGUGCCAGUAACAACUCGCCACAAAAUCGGGGAGGGUGGAGGGAGGUCCCUAUAUCAAUAUCCAUUCCAGAUGGGCAGGUACAUGCAUCGCUGGAGGAUGCACCUCUGUUCGAAAUCCCUGGCCUUCACUACCGAUCUCUCACCGAGGUCAUCCAGAACGCAAUUGGUGACCCCGAUAUUGGUUGCUACUUCCAUUACACGCCAUACAAGCAAUUCUUUGAACACGACGUCCACAUUCCCGGCAAUCCACUUGAUUCCGACCAAGGUUCCCAGCCACUGCCUACUCGGGUAUAUGAUGAAAUCUACGCUUCUGAUGCAAUGGUCGAAGCACAUAUCGAACUUCAACAGCAACCACCCGAAGAUGAUUGUGACCUUGAGCGAGUAGUGGCUGCAAUCAUGCUCUACUCUGACUCCACUCACCUUGCAUCGUUCGGAACUGCGUCUGCCUGGCCUAUCUACCUGUCCUUUGGCAACGAGUCAAAAUACGUACGCUGCAAGCCCUCGACUGGUUCUUGUCAACAUCUGGCUUACAUCCCCAAGCUUCCGGAUACAUUCUUUGAGUUUGUACAUAACCUCACGGGUGAGGGACCCACUACAGAGCUUCUCACACAUGCUCGACGCGAGCUGAUGCAUGCCGUGUGGCGGAAACUUCUUGACGACGAUUUUAUCCAUGCAUACAACCACGGAAUGGUUAUUCAGUGUGCCGACGGAGUUUUCAGACGAUUCUAUCCACGCAUCUUCACUUAUUCAGCGGAUUAUCCCGAGAAAGUCCUUCUUGCAACAAUACGCAACCUGGGUGCAUGCCCUUGUCCACGCUGCCUUACACCCAAAGAGUGCAUUGCCGAACUAGGGACACAGCUCGACAGACGGCGUCGAUUGAACACACGUGUAAAUGAUAUCAACCGACGAUCAAGGAUUUCUCGUGUUCGUGACUGGAUAUAUACCGAAGGCCGUAUACUCAAGAAUAAGUUCAUCGAGCUUACAUUGGGGCCAAAGUCUGAGGUUCCAACAUCUAACGCAUUCUCCGAUUGUCUUCCAGGGCCAGACUUUAAUUACUUUGACAUGUUUGUACCGGACCUCAUGCACGAAAUCGAGUUGGGCACGUGGAAGGGGCUCUUCACCCAUCUCAUACGCAUUCUUGUAGCCCAUGGCGGACCUUCUAUCCAAAAGCUCAAUGACGGAUACCGUGCUAUACCCUCUUUCGGGCAGUCCACCAUUUGCCGAUUUAGUAAUAAUGCUUCAUCCAUGAAGAAGCUUGCAGCACGAGACUUCGAAGACUUGCUUCAGUGUGCCAUGCCAGUCUUCGAAGGUUUGUUACCUGAGCCACAUGACGGGAACAUACAGAAGCUACUAUUCACCUUCGCAGAAUGGCAUGCCCUUGCUAAAUUACGGAUGCAUACCGACGACACACUUGAUUCCCUUGAUCAGGCAACUACUGAUCUCGGACGUCAGCUACGUCAUUUUGAAAAACACACCUGCGCUGCAUUCGAAACAAAGGAAUUGCCCAAAGAAGAGGCUGCCCGUGGUCGUCGUCAGAACCGCAAGCAAAAGGCUCUCAAUCCCGGGCCUGAUGGUUCAAUACCUGUGAAAAUUGGUGGGCCGAAGCUCAAGCGCUUCAAUCUAUUGACAUACAAGUUCCACUCGAUGGGGGACUAUGUUCGCACUAUCCGCCGAUUCGGAACAACAGACUCUUACUCAACACAACCGGGCGAGCUUCAGCACAAACGUCCCAAAGUAUUCUAUGUCCGCACGAGCAAGAACAAGGCACUUCGCCAGAUGACAAAGCAUGAAGCAAGAGAGCGCCUGGUGCACAUAGUGAACGCUCGACUACACAGAAUAUCCUGGUUAUCCAUGUUUCACCGCCGUUCACCUCCACAAUCUCAGAUUCUAGCAGAAGCCUCACGACCAUAUACUCCACCUUCUGUCCAUCACACCAUUGCAAAAUCAAUAAACUCUCCACGCAAUAUCUACUCUAUUCUUCGCCAGCAUGAAAAUGACCCAGCACUUACCAAUUUCAUUCCUAAACUCAAGCAGCAUCUACUUUCGCGCCUGCUCCAUUCCGACGAAUAUGUUGAAGAUGAAGAGUUUAACCGAGAAGAUUGGGAUAAAAUACAGAUCUCUGGUAACCGCCUCUAUCUUCACAAAAAAAUCCAUGUCAACUAUACAUCUUAUGAUGUACGGCUUGGGGAAGACACAAUACAUCCCCGGACGCACCCUGAUAUUAUGACUUUGCAACGGAAUGAAGCCGACCCCCACCCUUUUUCUUACGCGCGCGUUCUAAGUGUCUUUCAUGUCAGAAUUCAGCAUGAAGAACUUUCGCCGCAGACGAAGGAGUUCGACGUCCUCUGGGUGCGCCAUUUCAAGGUCAACACUAGGCACAGCGGCGGGUUAAAGCAAAAGCAGUUCACACGUCUCAGUUUCAUGGACGUUUCCGAGGCAUUUGGAUUCCUUAACCCAGACGAGGUCAUCCGUGGAAGCCAUAUCAUCCCUGCUUUCGCAUAUGGACCUGCUCCCGAUUCCCUAGGCCGUUCCAUUGCUCGACAAACAUUUCACAUGGAUAUUCUUGACAAAAACUUUACUUGGCCCAAGGAGCCCGACGAAGAUGACUAUGUACACUAUUAUGUGAACUUCUUUGUGGACCGGGACAUGUUCAUGCGAUACCAUGGAGGUGGUAUUGGCCACUACAAGGUUCACUUCCCUGCUGUCCUCAAUGAAGACUCUGGUGUGGAUGACGACGAAGAAGCCCCGAUCGUGGACAGCCUAGAUCAACCUGAACCAAGCAUAGACCCCAUACAAAUUACCUCAGAAGAGCUUGAAGCGGGAGAUCACAAUCCGGCACCACAAGAAGAGCCAGCAGUAUCAGAUGAGGGUUCAGAAGGAGAGGAAUCUGAUCCGGAAGAUGAUGAGGAUGUAGACAAAUGGGUAGAUGAGGAAGACGCCUUAAACUAUUCUCCACUGUAG